AUCCAAGUCACAACCAAGUGAGACUCUGCAGAUACUCUGGUGGAAAACAAUGAAGCUUUGUGCUGUAAUCCUUGCUCUUUUUAUCAUCUCAGGCUGCCAGGGCCGUUUCCUGUUUCAGGAUGAACCCAAAGCCCGCUGGGAGGAGAUGGUGGAUCAGUUCUGGAGGUACGUGGAUGACCUGAGCUCCAAGGCUGAGGAGAUGAAAGAGAGUGUGAAGACCUCCCAGCUUGGCAGAGAACUUGACUCACUGAUCAGUGACAGCAUGUCAGACCUGCAGAUGUACUACAACGAUGUGCAGACCAAGCUGGCACCUUAUGCCCAGGACACCACUCAGAGAAUGCAUGAAGACCUGCAGCUGCUGUCUGAUAAACUCCGCAUGCAUAUGGAGGAGGCCAAGGAGCGCAUCACCGAGUACAGCCAGGAGCUCCAAACCAUGGUGGAGCAGAACGCAGAUGAAGUCAAAAACAGGGCCAACACUUAUGUCCGCAAACUAAAGAAGCGUCUGAACAAGGACACCCAGGAGAUCAACAAGAAAGUGGCCACAUACCUCGAGGAGGUUCAGACUCGUGCUACUGACCGUGUAGAGAACAUGAGGGAGCGCCUUGUUCCCUACGUUGAUGCAAUCCGGCAAAACGCUGAAGACAAGUUUUCUACUAUUGGUGAAAUGCUGAAGGCUCAAACUGAAGAAGUGAGGAAGAAACUGGAAUCUCACUUUGAGGGUCUACGAGAGCAGGCAGAGAAGACCAAAGCACAUGUGCAUGCCACACUCCAGGACCAAGUGGAGGAGCUGCAAAGCUGGUUCCACAAAUUUACGACCCAGGUUGAGGAGAAGCUGCAGACCAUCAUGGAAACCUUUAACCCAAAUGUCUAAACUGACUAAAGGGGAAGGUGGACAGGACCAUAUUAAUGACAGAACCAUAUUAAUCUUUAAAAUAAACAUGUAUGUUCAGUAAAAAAAAAAUAAAAUAAAAAAUUCAGCUAAAUCUGAAGAACCGGGAAUUAGACCUAGGGAAGCAUUUCUUAUGUUUGGUGGUGGUAGCUCAGUGGUUAAGGUACUUGGCUAGUAAUCAUCAGAUUGCUGGUUCAAGUCCUACCACUACCAAGUAGCCAAUGUUGGGCCACUGAGUAAGACAAACCCUUAACUCUCAGUUGCUUAAGUUGUAUUCAGACAUAAUUGUAAGUCACUUUGAUUAAAAGUGUCAGGUAAAUGUAAACAUUUAAAAAAUGUGAAAUUGGCUAUGCUAAGAACAGUUUGGCCUGAUGUUUAUUGUUAGUUUUGCCUUAUGUCAAUGGCCAAAAAAUUACACCUCAAACGCAUUUACCAAAACCAAGAGAAGAAGGAAGAAAACUAAUAAAACCGA